UGUGUUUGGUUUAUUAUUUCUCUCAUCGUAGCUCUCUCUGAACAAUUCCUUGAAGAUUGAUUUGCGUUUCGCCAUUAGGUAGUCUCGCUGCUUUUCUCCGAUCUUUUGGUCAGAUCAAAAAGUAUAGGCGGAGGAGAUCGAUUAAGCAGCAGCAGGAGGAGGAGGUCAAUUCGAUUCUAAUCGUGAUGUUAGCAUCGAGGUAGCUCAUAUCCAUAUGGUGGUAGUUGAACUCAAUAUCAAUUAGGGUGAUUGAUGGAUAUAUCAUCAACGCUUCUAGCUUACUCGGCUCCGGCUUGGGCAAGCUUUAUGGCCGGUGCUUUUUUGAUUCUCACCCUCUCCCUUUCCUUGUAUCUUGUCUUCGAUCACCUUUCUACUUACAAGAACCCUGAGGAGCAAAUGUUUUUGAUCGGAGUCAUCCUCAUGGUCCCUUGCUAUUCAAUUGAGUCUUUUGCAUCCCUUGUCAACCCAUCCAUCAGCGUUGACUGCGGCAUUCUACGUGACUGCUAUGAAUCCUUUGCCAUGUACUGUUUUGGUCGCUACCUUGUUGCCUGCUUAGGUGGGGAAGAUAGGACCAUUGAGUUUAUGCAACGACAAGGCCGCAAGAGCUUUAAGACUCCCCUCUUACUUGAUCACAAUGACGAUAAGGGAACUAUUAAACAUCCUUUCCCUAUGAAUCUUUUCUUAAAACCCUGGAGGCUCAGUCACUGGUUCUAUCAAGUUGUUAAGUUUGGUAUCGUUCAAUAUAUGAUUAUAAAGUCUCUCACUGCCCUCACUGCCCUCAUUCUUGAAGCCUUCGGUGUCUACUGUGAAGGAGAGUUUAAAUGGGAUUGUGGGUACCCUUACUUGGCAGUUGUUCUCAAUUUUAGCCAGUCAUGGGCCUUAUACUGUCUGGUUCAGUUCUAUGGUGCAACCAAAGAUGAGCUGGCGCACAUAAAUCCCCUUGCCAAGUUUCUAACAUUCAAGUCAAUCGUGUUCUUGACUUGGUGGCAAGGUGUUGCCAUUGCUCUUCUCUCUUCCCUCGGUUUGUUCAAAAGUUCCAUUGCACAGAGCUUGCAGUUGAAGACUAGUGUUCAAGAUUUCAUCAUUUGCAUUGAGAUGGGUAUUGCUUCGGUUGUUCACCUGUAUGUAUUCCCAGCAAAACCUUACGGUCUAAUGGGAGAUCGCUUUACUGGAUCUGUAUCAGUUCUCGGGGACUAUGCAUCCGUGGACUGUCCUAUUGAUCCCGAUGAGAUUAGGGACAGUGAGAGACCAACGAAGGUCCGCCUUCCACAUCCUAACGUUGAUAUCAGAAGUGGUAUGACCAUCAAAGAAAGCAUGAGAGAUGUUUUCGUUGGUGGUGGUGAAUACAUUGUGAAAGACGUCAGGUUCACAGUGACUCAAGCAGUCGAGCCUAUGGAGAAGAGCAUUACAAAGUUUAAUGAGAAACUUCACAAGAUCUCACAGAACAUAAAGAAACACGACAAAGACAAGAGAAGAGUUAAGGAUGACAGUUGCAUGUCAUCAUCAUCAUCUAGUCGGCGAGUGAUUCGCGGGAUCGAUGAUCCGCUUUUAAAUGGGAGUUUUAGUGACAGCGGAGUUACAAGGACCAAAAAGCACCGGCGCAAAUCAGGUUACACGAGCGCGGAAAGCGGGGGAGAGAGCAGUAGUGAUCAAGCUUAUAGUGGAUUUGAAGUAAGGGGCCGUAGAUGGAUCACAAAGGAUUAACUAAACAUUCAAGGAGAGACCAUUCUACGUUUUUAUCCUUAACGCCCAGGUGUUUUGCAGAUCACCAAGAAGCCGUUACAUAUUGAUUAUAUAUAUUUUAUGUACAGAGUUGAAGAUACAUAACAUGAGGCAUGAUUUCUUAUUCCAAACAGAAGAAUACACCUUCAUGCUCGCUUUGUCUUUCUAACAAAAUGAUGUCAUAAUAGAAUCCAUCUUCCCUGCUA